UAUCGAUAUUUUGCCCGAAUGGUGGAAAGCAAUUUCCUUUAUAUAUGAAAUCUCAGACAUGGUUUCUAGUUUAAAAUACUACAUGAGCGAAAAAUGCAUUUUAUUUAUCAGUGGCAUUAUCAUGAUCAGUGGCAUUUGGCCACACUGUCGCACCGAUAGUUCCUGGCAAAUUAUCGAUAGCAAAGUAAUUGUUUUCAUCAUUAAUUGCCAGCGCGCUGUCACUUGUGCGUGUACAAAACUUGUUAAAUAAAGCACAAAACUUGUUAAAUAAAGCACAAAACGAGCGUAUAACAGCGGCCAGGUGGGCGCAACGAGACAAAAAGAGGUGUUGCAAAUCGGAAUAUAGCACAUAGCACCACAAAAUCCCCAGAAGGCGCGGUAAGCGUAAUAUGCGAAAAUCGCUGCCAUGAAAAAGACCAAGAGUGCAAGCUCCUUGGGAUCAAACGGAUCACCCCAGGGACAACCUUCGGAAUCCGCCGGAUUGACGGAGUCCGCCGGAUUGGCGGAAUCCGCAGGAUCGUCGGCGCUCCAGCAGGACUCGCUGGCAGCCAAGGAAUCUGAAGAAAUGGAAAUAGAGCCCUCGAGCAAUAAGCCAUUGGAAGAAUCCCUGGGAUCGAACGGAUCACCCUGGGGAACACCUUCGCGAUCUGCAGAGGCCGCAGGAUCGGCGCAGUCCGCAGGAUUGGCGGCGCUACAGCAGGACUCGUUGGCAGCCAAGGAAUCUGCAGAAAUGGAAACAGAGCCCUCGAGCAAUCAGCCACUGGAAGAACAACCAAACCAAAGCGAAACUGCUAUUUCCUCCAUUCCGGCCAUUGACAAGCUACGCCGCUUCUGCUUUAUUGGCUCCAUCGACGAGCCCGUCUAUGCCCCGCCUGCACUAGAUCUUGGUGUCGAGAACCACUUCGCAUCGCUAAAUAAGCUCUGCUCCCAAGUGAGCCAACCCGAGCUGGCCGAGUGCUUGGAAAGUGUGUUGGGCAGCGGACCGAAUGCGGAGCACCUUCCGCGACCGAACGAGUCGCUGCUCAUCCUGGCGGUGUUCCUCAGCACGUGCAAAGACGAGAUGGAUCGUAUGCUGAUGCGUUAUAGAGUCGCCGACCUGAUCACCCACGACUCGGAACUCCUACUGUUCGUCCAGCUGGUGAAGCGAGUCCAGAAGGUGCUCGAACGUCAAACGCCCUUCAAUCGCACCGUGCGGAAGGCCGUUCUCGAAUGGUAUGACAAGCAAUCGCUUGACCGCCUACUCCACCUGUGGUCGGUGGGCCAUGAAACUAGUUGGUCGGCGCAUCGCGAUCUGUUGCGCCGCUGCCACUUUCAGGAUGUCUAUCUAUCACCGGAAAAGAUUGCUGCUCUACGUCUGCUUUCAUCAUCGCCAAAGCAGCUUUUUCAGUGGCCUGAUUUUUUAACGCCCUUGAAAAACUUUCGCGACAUCAUUAAGGGUGUAGCGAAGCUUCGACUCCUGACUGAUCGCGGACUAGCUCUUCCCAUUGUGAAGAAAUUAUCGUUGAGCUGGGAGCACGUGCCAUUGUACUUUAUUCACGACACCGGGCUGGCAAAGUUCCUUACUCCACGCAUGACCUACGAGCAACUCCUUCAAAGUUGGCCACGCGUCUCGCGACGCCACCACCACGUGCGCCCCUUUGCUGAGCAAUUGCUGGAUGAGAAUAAGCUUAAGGCGGGCAAUGUGCCGCCCGUACGUCUGCUGCUGGAGGAUAUGCUUCAGAAGAAGCCCAAAAAGGUGUCUUCAGCUUCGGUGAAAAAGGCGAGUUUCCUACUUAGCGUCUACGAGAUAUCCUUUGGCCUGAACAAGGCACUCGGUAAACGACUCCACAUUACCCUUAAUCUGGAGAAGACCUAUCUGGGCAAAUACCUUACCGGUCGUUGUCGUUCGCUCAAAUACUUGGACGCCCUGGUGGCAUUGGCUUUUGGCUAUUUCCGCAGCGACCCCGACGUGAAGGUGGAGUUUUGGUACGACCACAGUGGCCAGUUGAAGACGCUGCCUUGGACAAAGGAGAUGUCUGUUUCAGAGGCUGCGGCCUGUUGCGAGAAUCAGAAGGUGGACAAAGUCACUCAAUCGCUAAAUAGUAUUGUGAACAGGGCGCUGUUGGAUGAGCAAAACACGUACGACGUGUUUUUGGUGCUGGUGUCAGGUGCAGCGCGUGGAAAUCCGGGGAAUAACUCAGAGCACUUGGCUGCUCUAAUGGACCAAUAUCGCGAAAAGCGAAGCUCCGAUGCUAAAUUCAUUAUGGUGAGCCUGCGCAAGCAGCAACGCUCCAUGAUCUAUUCCAGCGCACGCAACGAGAACUUGUUGGAAUUGUGCAGCCUGGAUAAGCACACACCGCGUUUGAUUAACGCAUUUGUUCACGGCAAGUUUUACUAGACGGUGAGCGGCACUUGGGAGAACCGACGACCCAUUUAAUCGAACAGCUGCAGGCGGAAAACCAUUCAAACAUUCCAUUUGUUGAAGGACGGUGGCCAUCGGUUAGUUGCCAUCGGUCAUCUCUUUCGCUUUCAAUGCGCUAGGGCGCUCGGUCAUCCCACUCCCGUUUCAAAUAGCUUUCGUGUAACAAAUAUACAGUUGCGGAGACAUUAAUAGCACCAUAAGCACAUUUCGUGUUUGUCCCAGCGUUUCUGUA